UCCCAUUUGCUCUGCACACUGACAGAAUUACUUCAAGACCUUCUCUGACUCUCUAAACACAGGACAGAAAAAUUCAAAUGCAGAAACAUGCACAAGGACUGAAAGAAGAAUUGAAAUCGUUUUAAGAGGAUUACAACUGAGGACACUGAGGAACUUGUUUGGCAGGAUUUUGUUUCCUUUGUGAUCUGAAGAUAAGGGCUCUUGUUGCAGCUUGUAGAGUGAAACUUCAGUCAAGGAAAAAGGAUACAUUGCUUAUAUAUGUGGGACACAAAUCUUUCCAGCUUGUAAUUCAUAUUUGCAAGUUACCUGGCAAGUGUAUUUGACUGUUGAAAUGGGAAACAACAGUGCUUACCAGCUCAUUGAAGACUGCGAGGCCACAAACAAGGCACUGUAUAAAUUUUAUGCAGCUGUCAUGAUUGUGAUUUUCAUCUUGGCUCUGCCUCUGAAUGCAUCUGUUCUGCAUCUCUUCAUAUUCAAACUGAAGUUCUGGAAAUCCAACACCAACAAUAUCUUCCUUUUCAACCUGGUGGUGGCCGACAUUCUCCUGCUCUUCUGUUUGCCCAUAAAGGCUUACAACUUUAUCGAAGGAGAAAGGAGGAGUAGUAAUGACGUUGUUUGCAAAGCUAUGCUCUUCAUGUUGUUUUUAAACCGAGGGGCCAGCAUCGCCUUCCUGACGGUGACCUCUAUCGAUCGAUACUUUAACGUGGUCCACCCCGGUCGCAAGAAUCUCCUGAGGGCUAUCAAGAAAUCUCCUCAGAUCUCUAUCAUCAUAUGGCUGCUUCUUCUGCCUCUCACCAUCCCCACCAUGCUCCAGAACUUCGACUGCUGCAACAGCCACAAGAGCGAAGAUGACCCGAAGAACGACGCCUUGAUCAAGGACGUGGUGGACAGUGUGCGAGAAGCGGUCUUCUUCACCCAGAUCAUCAUCCCCUUCAUCAUCCUGGUCUACUGCACGGUGCGCAUCGUCAACCGACUGAGGAAAAAGACAGUCGGGGAUAAGACCAAGCUGAGGAGAGCGGUCUUCCUUGUGACAUCCGUCAUGGUGGUCUUCUCCUUCUGCUUCCUCCCCUGCACCAUAGCCAGAGUGGUCCUGCUGGUCGUCCGGGUCAAAGAGUUGGCAGAAGUCUACCAAGAUAAAGCCGCCGUGGCUUUCGACGGCCUCAUGGUCCUCUCCUACAUGGACUGUCUACUGGAUCCGCUGGUCUACUGCUUCUGUAGCACCAAGUUCAAAGCGCUUUAUCUAACCAAUUAUUUCCCGUUCUUGCAGAAAGGCAUUCAAGUGCCGUUAGACAGCUCAACGGGACAAAACUCACACCCUGCACGCAGUCAUAUCAUCUGAAAUUCAAGGGAAAGAGACUGGAUCUGACACCUGUCCAACCCAACAGCUUGCUACCUGAGACUGACAGUGCGCCCCAAAAAAAUGUAGUUACUUUAUAAACGGGGACUGUGAAUGUAAAGUGAAAACUAGACGUGCAGUAAUUAUUAAAGUUUGUAUUUUCUUAAUAUUCUGAAAUAGAAUAGAUACAUGUAAUAUAAACAGGAGGGACCAUUAGCGUGUCAUGUGUUCUUCUGUAUAUUCAGUAUACUGCAGUAGUGAUUCAGCAUGUGAAAUUAUCUUCUAUUAGUCUAAAAUGUAUCAAUGUUGGUGGAUUUUGUUUGGUGAAAGGGAAAGGCCCUCAGCCAAAGUACACACAUCUGUUUUUCUGUUUUGCCUGGACAACAAAAUGAGUAGUUCUGACCAUAAAUAUUAAUAAAUAGCUUUCAAGUGUUAGAGGCCAAAAAAAAAAAAAACCCAGGAAUUUUAUCUUUCCAAUCAUACCAAUCUCACAAAUCUUCAACAGUCAAACAAGCAUUUGUGUUUUUAAACCAUCAAGUUGAGGCUCAAAGCUUUUUUUUUUAAAAUCUGUAAUCUGUAAAAUAUAUUUUCUAUUAAACUGUACAGUGGUGACAAAUUUUAAACUAAAGAGGAAAAAUUAAAUCAUAUCUAUUAAUUAUAGACAAUAUUCACUAACAUGGCUUCCUUGUGUUGGGGGAUUAAAUGUGUGCACACACUAGAGACAUAUUAGACUGUGGUCAGUCCCCCUUUUACAUAAUCCUAAAGGCCCAAACAGGAAGCUGGUUAUUUAUGUUGAUUUAAGGACUCUAUAACUGUUUAUACUGUAUAUGGAGAUAAAACUGUACAUAUUUUAUGU